AUGGCUCCGGCUAUGAAGUCCGCGAUGAAGUCCAAGGCCAUGAAGAAGGGAGCCAGUGCCAAGGCUAUGACCAAGGCUCAGCUUGCCGACCAGCUCGCCACCAAGUCUGAGCUCAAGAAGAAGGACGUGAUGUCAAUUCUGCACGGGCUCUCCGAGAUCGGUGCCACCGAGGUCACCACGACCGGCAAGUUUGUCCUGCCUGGGCUCUGCAUGAUCAAGACACGUCAGAAGCCUGCGACCAAGGCUUGCACCCGCAUGAUGUUCGGCAAGGAAGUGCAGAUCAAGGCGCAGAAGGCGCGGACGAUCGUCAAGGCGAUGCCUCUGGCAGCACUGAAGAGCCAGGUGUGA